AGCGAUUGAACAUGACGCCUUCAGCGGGCUCGGCGGCGGGUGGCGGUUCGAUUUCGACGAGCUUGAAAAGUGGGAAACGCGGUGAUUAAGCGCUGUGUAAAUUUAAAUAAACGUAUGAUUGUUCAGCUCGGUGUUACGCGUUCGAAAAUGUAGUUUGUCACAGUAGCCUAAAAUUAAUAAAACGCUAGACAUUGAAAUCGCAGUUUAAUCGGUUAUGAACGGGCAACUCCAAUCUUCGCGCGAGAGGUUAGGUGCAUUCAGUGGGGGAGCAGGAUGGUUCACCGGGUUUGUUACUCCCGGUCAUACCGUAUCAUCGCAAAAGAUAUCACCAAUAUCCACCGACGACUCGAGCAAUGGUUCCGAGGUCGAUGGAAAAAUGAAGAAGAAGCUAAUGUCGAUGUGGAAUAAUGUGAAAUACGGGUGGAGCAUCAAGAUCAAGACUAACUUCUCAAAAGAAUCUCCUGUCUUUCUCCUUGGAUCCUGCUACCAUAAAAGACAAAAUGAAGAUUCUCCUGAACGAGCAGUCGAAGCUGUAGGGUUGGAUAUGGGAACCGGUAGCAACGUGUCAUUGGCAAAAGAUGCCUGUACUUUAGAACAAGGAAUGGAUGGUUUUCGGAAGGACUUCACAUCCCGUUUGUGGUUGACUUAUCGACGGGAAUUUCCCAUCUUGAAUGGUUCCAACUUUACAACGGAUUGUGGCUGGGGCUGUAUGCUUAGAAGCGGACAAAUGAUGUUAGCCCAAGCGCUAGUCUGUCAUUUUCUCGGCAGAGAAUGGAGGUGGCGGCCUGACGAGUCCAUUGAUUCAGUCCAGCAAUUCCACGAGGACUCGCAGCACAGAAUGAUCAUCAAAUGGUUUGGGGAUCAGCCAGCCCCACUGUCGCCACUCUCCAUACACGCUUUGGUCUCUUUAGGUACAGCUGCUGGAAAAAAGGCUGGAGAUUGGUACGGUCCGUCGUCAGUAGCUCAUCUUCUCAAACAGGCUGUCGAACGUGCCGCGAUUUGCCACGUUGAAUUUGAUCAGCUUGCGGUAUACGUUGCACAAGAUUGUGCCGUAUACAUGGAUGAUGUAGCAAAGGUGUGCCAAAAGCCCGAUGGAAAUUGGAGAUCUCUGGUACUGUUGGUUCCUCUGAGACUGGGCAUGGAUAAGUUAAAUCCCGGAUAUGCGCCAUGUCUUACAGCUCUUCUUAGUUUGGAAGACUGCAUAGGGGUGAUUGGGGGACGUCCACGUCAUUCUCUUUACUUCAUCGGUUACCAGGAGGACAAGCUGAUCCACCUAGAUCCACAUUACUGUCAAGAAACGGUCGAUGUAUGGAGGCGGAAUUUCUCGCUGGAGAGCUUUCACUGCACUUCACCACGAAAGAUGCUUCUGUCAAAAAUGGACCCCAGCUGUUGUGUGGGAUUUUAUUUUCGCGACAAAGCUGCGCUCGACAGUUUUGUGACAGUAGUUGCACCUUUUUUGAUACCACCCAACCAGAAAAAUGAGUAUCCAAUGUUCCUCUUCAGCGAAGGCAGUGGGGCUGACGUUCAGCGUAGUAUGGAGAAUAGAAAAAGUCUUUUGUCAUCGUCCGAGGAGUCCAGCAAGAUUGAAGAUGAUGACAGUCAUUACGAGUGUGAAGAAUUCGAAUUGUGCGAAUGGUAGAGCAAAUUAAAUACAAUUAGAGAAAGUUGUGAGAACAACCAUAAAUAUAUAUCAUACAUAUCUAUAUAACAUAUGUAUAGAUAUAUAUGUAUAUAUGUACAAGGAUAUAUAUUUACUUAAAAAAAAGUACUUAAAAGAAUGUUAGGUAAGCACCUGAUGAUAAUGCCGCGAUAUUCCUAGGACUCAAGACUUACUAUUAAUUAUUAAUUCGUACUCACUUAAUUAUGCACUAGCACAUUCAACUGACAAUUUGAACGCGUGUUAUGAAUUGACAUCCUUUCCUCUUCUUCAAGUAAUCGAAGAAAUAACAAUUCGCCAUUUUUUUUUUAUUAAUAUAC